AUGUCCUGGCACUGUGCUUCUACGAUUGCGAUUGGUGCUUGUCUUAUGCAGUUAGAUGAGGCGAACUAUCUACGUCCGGUUCGAUUCGGGUCUCGUCGUCUUACUCCUGCCGAAAGAAACUGGCCGAUCUAUGAGCUUGAAGGUUUCGCGGUAGUGCAUUUCAUGCUUGCAUUCAGACCGUAUCUGAUUGGUGGAACUUUCACUGUGAGAUCUGAUCACAAACCACUCCAGUGGUUGUGGAAAAUCGACAAGCCGCGUCUAGUCAGAUGGUCAAUGACUUUGCAACAAUUUGAUUUCAAGAUCGUGUACAAUCCUGGUACAGCGCGGGAACAAGUCGACAUAUUCACCAGAGACGUUAGAUUGACACCUCGGAUUGCAAAAGAGGUUACCCCUGUUCCUGAUGGAUGCAUCAUACAGGAGAAGCUACUAGUUCAGGCAAAGUCGGGCUUAAUGUACGUACCUGAAAGGCUAAGGGCUCGUAUAUUAUUAUAUUACCACUACAGUAGAGUAGGGGCACAGAAGAUGAUUGUUAGAAUCAAGAAACACUUCUACUGGUCCUUGUUAGCUAGAGAUUGCGUCGACUUUACCGCUGGUUGUCUUACUUGUCAACGACGUAUGAAUGUGGUCAAUCUGGUUGGUAAAGGUGUGUUACUAUCCACGGACUUCAACAUACUGGUAUCUGUUGAUGCCAUCGGACCAUUCAUGUAUAAGAAGAAGUCUUACAAUUUAAUCACGACAACUUAA